ACAUGGCAAGUCUACCUUCAAUUAGAAAUUUGGCAGAAUUAAUAAAUCCUGCAUUGAAUGGCAGCAAGCUAGACAGCUUUGAGUUGAAGCCUUUAACUAAGCCUGGUGAUAAUUAUGGCAGCAUAUUGCUUUCCAUAGAAGCGCAAUUAAGGCAGCCAGAUGGCAAACUUGUGAAGCAAAGAUUUGUGGGUAAAGUGCCACCCACAGAUCCACAACAUUGGCAAUUUGUACAGCCCGAGAGGACGCAACUGACGGAGAAUGAGUUUUACAAAAUGUUGGUGCCGGCAGUGCAGCGACUGCAAGACGAGGCGGGCAUAGCUAAGGAACAGCAAUUCGAUGGAUUUGCUAGAUAUUAUGGCGCGCGACAAGCGCUGAGCAGAGAUUCGAAUGUAGUAGAUCAUGAUGCUAUUUUGGUGCUGGAAGAUUUGCGUGACAGCAACUAUGUGCCGGGUCAGCGCUUGAAGCCAUUCGAUCUGGCGCAUACGGAGCUAGCGCUUAAGUAUAUGGCACAAUAUCAUGCGUUGCCCAUAGCGCUGAAGCUGAAGAAAAGUGAAGUUUUUGAAGCUCACAUGCUGCCACACUAUACCAAGUUCGAUUGGCAUGGCGAUGCAGAGGAGUCCAAGGCCAGCAUGACUGCGGAGACGCUUAAGGACAUUCGAGCAGCAACAAACAAUGAUGAAAAGCUGGUCGCGCGCGUAACAAAAAUAUUAGCAGAGCUCUUUGAAUUUCUCAAAGCGUCGCCAGUGGAAAACAAUAUAUUCAACAGCAUUGUGCACAUGGACUACUGGAUAAUGAAUCUUAUGUUUAAAUAUGAUGCAGCGGGUCAACCCACACGACUAAAGAUAUUGGACUUUCAAUUGGCGCAGUUCGAUUCAAUUAUACAUGACAUUAUUCCAUUUCUGUUUACCAGCAUUUCGACGCAGUUGCUCGAGCAGCAUUACGAGCAAUUACUACAGUUGUACUACGAUACUCUUAUCAGCUGUCUAGCCCAGUUGGGUGCCAACACCGCUGACUAUAGUUACGCCGCAUUCCGCGCCGAACUGAAGCGCGUUGCCUAUUUGCAAGUGGCCCAUGCCAUAUUCAUGACUCGUUUCAUAUUGGCCGAUGAGGUCUCUGCUGAUUUAUCUCAGGUGCUGCAUAACUCUGGAUCGAAGCGUAUUCAAAAAAAGCUGGCAGAAAUUUUGCGGCUGGCGCAAAAGUUUGAUAUUUUAUAUUAGCGUAAUGACUUUGUUUAUGUCAUAAAUAAAUGUUGUUAUAAUUAUUGUUAA